UUCGACAAAACGUCGUUCUGUUCGUUGCCGCGCGCACACGUACGCACACGCACCGUAGAAAGGAAAUGCAGGCAAUGGUACGAGCAAUUGGGCGGACGCAAGAGAUGAGGGUCUCUCCGGCGGCGUCACUGCUCUCCAGAGGCGGGCGGCUGCUGCCCUUCUUCCACUGCAGCCCCAGACGCAGGCGCCAUUCCUUCCGCGUUCUUUCCAUGUCGCCACAACACCAACAGCAGAAGGAGCCAGAGGUGUACAGAUUUGGAGAAAUCAUAAUUGAUAAGCGUCAAGUGUUCUUUAGUACGAAUCUGUCUUUUGCAUUGGUCAAUAUCAGGCCGGUCGUACCGGGUCAUGUUUUGGUGACUCCAAAGCGAUUGGCAAAGCGGUUUGUUGAUCUCACUGCUGAAGAAACUGCUGAUCUCUGGCUUGCAGCAAGGCAUAUUGGUUCCAAAGUUGAAAGCUAUUUUGGCGCUUCUUCCCUUACAUUUGCACUUCAGGACGGUCCAGAAGCAGGCCAAACAGUUCCCCAUGUUCAUGUGCAUAUCCUCCCAAGGAGAGCAGGUGAUUUUGACAAGAACGAUGACAUAUAUUAUGCCAUUGAAGAUAAAGAAAAUGUGCUCAAUUUAGAUGCAGAGCGGAGGAAUCGCACAAUGGAUGAAAUGGCAGAAGAGGCAGAAGAACUAAGGAAGCUCAUCCCUCAAAAUGGCUGAUUCUUGGUUUCAAGCGUGAAUACUUGUUUGAAUGUGCUCUCUCGUUAUGAUUAGAGUGUCUUGUUGAGCUGCUUUAAAGCGGUAUAAAUUUGUACCAACAAAAUAAUCCUACACCUACGAAGCAAAACAAUUAUGUGUUUCAUAUCACGAAUUAGAAUGUAUUCAGACAUAAUUUCUCUCCGAUUCGGUGGAAGCAAUUAACAAUAUUCAUCUAUAA